AUGAAGCACUCGCAUUGCCUCCGUUUGCUUUUCUUGGUCUCCAUCCUUGUGGUCUCGUCGGGCGUCACCGUGUCGUCUAACAAAGAGACGACAUGGGAGAAGGCCGGGAAGGCGGCGAGGGCGCCGGUGCAGCUGGCCGACGAGGCCUUCCUCGCCCGCCUCUGCGACCGCGAGCAGCAGCGCGGGCGGCCACCGCGGAUCCUCCGCCCUUGGUGCACGCAGCUUCACGCCAGGCGCCAACGCGCCCACCAGUACCACCACCUGCCGACGCUGCCGCCCAGCCGCGACGACGAGCAGAUAGACCCGCGCUACGGGGUGUCCAAGCGGCUCGUGCCGAGCGGGCCUAACAAGCUGCACAACUGA